AUGGACGACUCCAUGGGCACCAUGAGCAUGUCCAUGCCCACGUCCACCGCCUCGUCUGCCAUGCACACCGGUAUGUCUGGGAUGGAUAUGGGUGGCAUGGAUAUGGGCGGGGGCUCCAGUUGCCAGAUUUCGAUGCUGUGGAAUUGGAACACAAUUGAUGCAUGCUUCCUCUCCACCUCCUGGCACAUCCGCUCCCGCGGCAUGUUCGCCGGGUCCUGCAUCGGGGUGAUCUGUCUAGUCCUCUGUCUGGAGUUCCUGCGCCGAGUGAGCAGAGAAUACGAUGCCUUCAUCGUGCGCCGGGCCCGGCUGCGCAGAUUGUACAUGUCCGGCUCGCCACCAGCCCGGGGCAGUCCCAGCGGGUAUACGACAGGAGAACAGCCAGGCCCCGGUGACAGUACCCAGGGACCCAAGACUACCACCACCACCAAUAGUAGUUGUGUCCCCGGAAGAGUCAACAGUGUCAAGGGUGGUUGCUGUGACGGGCCCGAUCUCACCUCGUCUGCAUCCUCGAUCGUCAAAGAAGAUGUCAUCACCCCGGCUCCAGAGCCAGGCUCCGAUGAUAAGGGGUUGAAUCGAAUUACGUCGACGGCUGCGGGUGCCUUUUCCGCACAGAACACACCCACUACUCCCACUGCUCCUCCUGCUGCUGCUGUUGCUUCUUCUCCACGCUUUGCUUCGGACCCCGCCACCCUGGAACCCUACCGUGCUUCGCCGGUCGAGCAGACGGUGCGGGCACUGCUGCACAUGCUCCAGUUUGCGGUGGCAUAUUUUGUUAUGCUGCUGGCCAUGUAUUUCAAUGGGUAUAUCAUCAUCUGCAUCUUUAUCGGGGCGUUCUUAGGAGCAUUUAUCUUUUCAUGGGAGCCGGUGUCUUUAGGGAAGGGGUGA